UCUAACGUUUGAGGACCGCCGUAAUAUUAUAGAAGAAGAAGUAAACGGAAGUCAAGCGACCAAAUACAAAUUCCACGUUAGCGUUCUUGUUUAGACGUUUAACAACACCCUAGACUGAAAUAAAUACUAUUUGAACUACAUCGCAUUACAUACUUACCUCAGGUAGUGUUUAAUUCGCGUUGGAGACGGGACUUGGUUGAUAGAUGUUAUCUAGGUAACGCUAGCUAGCUGCUUAGCUAACAAUGGCUAACUGUAUGGUUUUUCACACUCAAAUAGCCUCCGUCAUGGAGGUGCUAGCUAAUGCAGCCGUGGCAGAAAUCUGUAAACUCGUAGACGACGACUAUGCAGUGUUUCGUUUGGAAAUAACUCAAAGCCAGAAAGAAAACAGUGCAUUGCGGAGGAAACUACAGCUACUGGAACUGAAGGUGGCACGGGAGCGGGCAGAGAGGACAAUACGAGAGCGCGUCCUCGCCAGUCGUCCCAGUAGUGUCAAGAUCGUUGACCGAUACAGAGGAAUGGCAAGAGGUGGACAUCUCACUGGAGGCCACAGGAGCUUUGGGAAGCCAGCGGGUCACAAUACAUGGAGCGAUGGCCAACCAAUCACUGACGAGGGCACUGGAACCUCAAUUCAGAACAUUAUUGUGAUAGAGUCUGUAGAUGCAGAUGCUGCAGGGCCCGGAGGAUCGCCUCUGGUCAAGCAGGAGAAGUCUGAAGGAGAGGAGGACCCAAGGCACAACAGAGACAUCCAAACUGGAGCAGCGGCUGGCGCAGCAGCAGCGCCCACUAUAGCCACGGAGGAACCCACCACCGCUCCAGCGCAGCCCAGGACCCGGCACAGCAUCACGGAGGUCAGUGGAACGCCGAACGCCGUCCUCAAGUCAGAGACAGACACGGAGACAUUAACUGUAACACGCAGGCUCUUACCCACAGAAUCUGACCACAGAUCAGACCCAGAGAGACUGGGGCUGGGGAGAAUGGGCUGUCCUCCUGCUCCCAGUUCAGAUUACUUACCAGUAUUUCACCAGACCCAGAGGACAGUUCAUUCCCGUGGAGAUGGUGAAGGAGACACAUUAGACACUGGCAGUGAUGAUCUGUCUUCCUCUUACGCUACAGAGAUGGAACCUGGCAACAUAUCCUUGGGUUUAGAGACACAGACUGAUCUGUCUAGAGGGUACUGGAACCAGUACAGUAGUAGUGUGUACUCUGAAGGGUGCCUAGAUAAGAAAGGGGAGGGUCUGGUCAUAGAUGUGAAAGUGGAGGGUGAUGCCCCUCCCAUAUGGAAUGCAGAUAGUCACCUAGGAGAUGGACACUCACAGGGCAGAGAAUUCUUAGAUUACAGGGGAAGCAUAGAGACAAAUCCAAAUGUCGCAACCCACUCCCCUUUACACGCGUUCAGGGAUCGCGACCCAAAGUCCACGUCGAUGGGGCUUUCUGAUUCACACGGCCCCGUCCUUUUCGAUCAGGUAUUGAACUCAAACGACAGGGCUAGAGCCCAGGCUCGGGCAGGAGGAGAAACAUCAGGCAAUACUAAAGAGAAACGGUUCCUCUGCAUGUUCUGUAACAAAGGCUUCAGCUGUCCCCAGAAGGUGGAGAGGCACCAGAGGAUCCACACAGGUGAGAAACCCUACAGCUGCCCCCAAUGUGAGAAAAGGUUCUCCCGCCAGGACCACUUGAAGUUGCACCAGAAGGUCCACACAGGGGAGAAACCCUAUAGCUGCCCCCAGUGUCACAUGCGCUUUACCCAGGCUGGCAACCUGAAGAUGCACCUGAAGGUCCACACGGGAGAGAGGCCAUUCGCCUGUACGCACUGCGGGAAGAAGUUCUCAGAGAGGAGAUACCUCAGGAUACACCAGCAGAAAAACCAUUCCACUCUAACUUAGAAAGUAACCAUUUCAAUCGAUAGCUUCUGGCGUUUAGAUCAAACCCUGCAUUAAAGACAAAUAUUAAUUAACAUUGUUGUCAACAGAAAUUAUGCAUUUGGAAUAACCAGAGUAACAGAUUUCAGUGUUGAAUAUUCCUGGGCAGAAUAUUGCAUCCAGACAUUGUGAUAUACACUGAAUGUAUAAAACAUUAGGAACACCUUCUCUUUCUAUGACAGACUGACCAGGUGAAUCCAGGUGAAAGCUAUGAUCCCUUAUUGAUGUCACCUGUUAAAUCAACUUCAGUCUGUAAAUGAAGGGGAGGAAGCAGGUUAAAGAAGGAUUUUAAAGCCUUGAGACAAUUGAGACAUGGAUAGUGUAUGUGUGCCAAUUAGAGGGUGACUAAGCAAGACAGACUAAAGUGCCUUUGAAUGGGGUAUGGUAGUAGGUGCCAGGCGUACUGGUUUGAGUGUGUCAAGAACCGCAAUGCUGCUGGGUGUUUCACUCAACAGUUUCCUGUGUGUAUCAAGAAUGGUCCACCACCCAAAGGACAUCCAGCCAACUUGACACAACUUUGGAAGCAUUGGAGUCAACAUGGGCCAGCAUCUCUGUGGAACGCUUUCGACAUCUUGUUGAGUCCAUGUCCUGACGAAUUGAGGCUGUUCUGGGUGCAACUCAGUAUUAGGAAAGUGUUCCUUAUGUUUUGUACACAUAAGGCACAUCCACACCUGAAAAGUCUGUUUCAUAAUGUGUUUGUACUGUGUAGGAUAUAUGAUGUUCACAAAUUAACCCAAAACACUUUUAAUGAGAAAAUGAAUAGUUUCUUUGUGUAUGUGUGGUUUUCAUAUGGUAUAUUUAACACUUGUUUAUGUUUAACCCCUUCCACCCGUGGAAAUUGGUCAAUAUGGAUAGGGCCAAAUUGACAUUUCUAACAGAAGAACUAUUAAAAGCAUAUGCAUUACCAUGGUAGAAAUUGAAGGAGAACACUUUAGAGUUGAUGGGGAAAUUAUUCGACCAAAGGUGAAGACACAACAGUUCACCUGACAAGACUGAAUCCAAACAUUACACUGUUGAUUUUAUGUGCAUUGGACAUUUACUGUACUUUUCAUGGCGUUUGUCAAUAACAAAAUCUGAAAAUACUCUGGAAACAUUCAGUAACAUAAUAUGAAUACUCAUUGUAAUUUUGGAGUAGGAGCAAGAUAAGUAACAAAAAUGGUUUGAGUGAGAGGUCUAACUGGUUUUAAAGAAGUGUGCAUUGUUCUGAAGUAAUUUCAAUGCACUUUUAUGACAUUAUGGCUUAUUUGAGCUCUGCUAGCAUUGCCAUUGAGGAACUGAAGCAAGCACACUUGCAGUUUUUUGUUUGGAACACAACCCUGCGUCCCCACCAUCACACAAUUUGAGACCUUGGGACUAUAAAGGUUCUCACAUUUUGGUCAAAAAUGUGUUAUUCACAUAGUUGCUCUUUAGGUGGUCCUUCACAUGUGUGAUGUCAGAAUUGUGAUAAAGAAAAGGUGAUAUCUUCGCAAACAUCUUUGAAUCACACAAUGAUGUGCUGUCAAUAAAACAUCAUUGUAUGUAUGAUGAUUCACUUAUUGAACCAUGAAAGACACAAAAAAACAGUUCUGGGAUUUAUGAAAAAUAAUCCAAACAUUUUGCAGAUAGAACCUUAGGGCCAAGUCAUUGAUUAUUCAUAUCAUAGGUUCUGGUCCUCUUGUUCAAUUAUUUACUUAGGCUUUUUCAGAAGAAUGGCCAUAAUUUAAGCUGUUUACAAAUAAAUACAGGUGCCUUAGAGCAUGUUUAACUUCGGGAUCGGUGUCCUGUCUACGGGACGAUUGAGCUAACGUAGGCUCAUGAGAUUGUAAGUGACAAAACAUUUCCCCCAGGACAUAGACAUAUCUGAUAUUGUCAGAAAGCUUAAAUUCUUGUUCAUCUAACUGCACUGUCCAAAUUACAGUAGCUAUUAAAGUGAAAGAAUACCGUGCUAUUGUUUGAGAGUGCACCAUUUUGAACGAAGUUAUUAAUAAACAAAUUAGGCACAUUUGGGCAGUCUUGAUACAUUUUUAACAGAAAUCAAAUGGUUCAUUGGAUCAGUCUGAAACUUUGCACAUACACUGCUGCCAUUGAGUGGCCAAAAUCUAAAUUGCACCUGGGCUGGACUAAUACAUUAUGGCCUUUGUCUUGCAUUUCAAAGAUGAUGGUACAAAAAAAUACAAAAUAACUUUUUUCUUUUACCAGAUCUAUUGUGUUCCAUUCCUUUAACAUUUCCACAAACUUCAAAGUGUUUCCUUUUAAAUGGUACCAAGAAUAUGCAUAUCCUUGCUUCAGGGCCUGAGCUACAGGCAGUUAGAUUUGGGUAUGUCAUUUUAGGUGAAAAUUGAAAAAAGGGGAGGAUCUUUAAGAGGUUGUUAAGGCCCAUUAGAGGCAUUGCUGUUUUUCAAUACGAAAACCUCCAUGGAAGGGGUAUUUCACAAAAAUUGCAAAGUUACGAAAUGUAUUGAAAGUUUGACUGUAGUUUGAUUGUGGGUGUCAGAGACCCAAAAAACAUAUCAGUUUCUCAUCCAGAGCUAAGCUUUAGCUUUUGCUCGUUCUCCAUAGGAUAUGGUGUAUUUGUCACUUUAGUAAACUAUCGCUUUAACAAAAUGUGUGAUGAACAUGAAUUCAUAUAUUGAUGGGAUUAGAAAGAAUGAUAUUCUCUUAAUUUAGUCAUUACAUAUAUGUACUUUUCAAAUGAAAUAUUUGUAACAUGCUAUGCCUGAACCCUGAUAGAACCUUAUGGCUCUGAAAUGUCAAUCUGUGAAUGCACAUAGAAUGGAGUCAUGAGUGUAUUCAAGUGCGUGUUCCGCGGCUAAUGUUCUUCACAGUAUGACAAACAGGCUCAUUGUGUUCAGGACAACCCAGGGUUUAACGCAUGUCAUCCUUGUAACGGUGGAUCAAACAUGGUGAUCAUAAACGUUGAUACUCUAAAUGACAUGUUUUCAAAAAUGGAAAUGUGAAGUGCACAUUUGGACACAGGUGUGUGGUUUGCUCGUAUGACAUCAGUGGUAGUUAUUAUAAUCCUCAACGUCUCAUCUUUCUGAACACAUUGACUCAAUUCCCAGCAUCCCCCUCACUCAGACAACAACAACUGUGCUAAAGUAACCCAAUUAACAGGUGGGAUGGGGACAUCUUGUCCCCAUCCCACCUGUCCCCAUCCCAGUGCUCAAGUUUAUAACGGAUGUCAGUCAAAUCUCAUAUAGUGAUGGGAAGCGGAGCUCUGACGUCAUAUAUAGCAUGUUACUGUACUGCAUUCCAAUUUAGGUGCUUAUCAAUGACAAAAUCAUGUAUUUUCAACCCGUACACGGAAUGACGGGCUGUGAGUGGAAAGGGUUAAUAAACACAAAAUGGGACUUUUCA